GUGUCGGCAAGGAGUCAGCAAGGCCAUCACUACGAGGGUUACCGACGCUCUGCAGGGCAGUGUCAACUUCGGCACUCCAUGGGCUCAGCUUGAGGGAAUCAGUAGACACCGAAUUGUAGACCAGCAAGUCAAUCCCAAGCAGCUCACCUGGAA